AUGCAGCCACACCCGGACCCCGCCCCGCCCCCGCCCCCGCGCCCGCGCCAGGACGACGAGGACGACACCCCGCCGCCCCCGCCGGACCCCAUGCCCACGGAGGAGGCGGCGCCCGAGCCCAACCCGGAUGCGGAGGAGGCCAAGGACGCGCCCGCGGAGGUGGAGGAGGCGCUGGACCGGGAGGAGGAGGAGGAGGAGGCCAAGGACGGGCACGAGCAGGAGGAGGGGGAGAGGAGGGGCAGGGGGCGGAAGCGAGGGAGGCGGCCCGGCGCGCCCAGGGGCCUCGUCAUGGUGAAGCGGGAGCUGCUCGCCCGCUGCAUGACGUGCCCGCUCUGCAACCGCCUCCUCCGCGACGCCACCACCGUCUCCGAGUGCCUCCACACAUUUUGUAGAAAGUGUAUAUACAAGAAGUUUAAUGACGAGGAGGUAGAGUCCUGCCCAGUAUGUGACAUUGAUCUUGGCUGCACUCCAGUCGAGAAGCUCAGAGCUGACCACAGUCUGCAAGAUGUAAGAUCCAAAAUCUUCCCCUUCAAAAGAAAGAAGAUUAAGGCUGAAGAUGUUGCAUCUCCUGAUUCACCUCCUAAUAAAAGGAAAGAGAGAUCCAUCUCUUCAUUAGUGGUCCAUACACCUAGAUUAACACCGACAGGAUCGACUGGACGGCGGACAAAGGUAGUUACCAGGAAAGCUGCUGCUGCCUUGCACAGCCUUGGUCCUACCGUUGACAAUCCUGUGAAAAAGGAAAACAGUGACAAGAGUGCUCAUAGCUCAAGCUUGCCUGCUAAUUUGGGCAAAGUGCCAAAAACAAAGAGACAGAUAUUGUCAAAUGCGGAGGAGGCAUCUAACUAUUCCAGCAAUAAAGAUACUGAAGAUGAUAGUAAGGACAUGGCAGAUAAUGCUGAGCUCUGGAGACCUUUAAAUUGUUUGGUCGAAGCUGCAAACAGGACAAAAUCCUUUAGGUCGAGUUUACAAGGUUCAGGUGUUAAAAGAGAGCAGCUUAAUGGUUCUCCCAGUAGCACAAAUGGUAUAAAAAACCCAAAAGAGCAUCCGAAGAGACCCAAAACUGAGGAUGAUAAGAAAGAUGCUCCAGUUCCACCAGUGAAGCUAAAAAGGAAAUUUAAAGGGGCUGGGCGGAGAAGGAGUGGACUUCGAGCUGCAGCCGAUGGGGACCCUGAUGGGGCACUUAUGCAGAACGAAAAGAGAUUCAACUGCAUAUGGUUUUCGUUGGUUGCCUCACUCGAACAGAAAGGAGACUCGCCUCUACCACAGAUACCUUCACACUAUUUGCGAAUAAAAGAUGCAAAUAUACCUGCUUCAUCUAUCCAAAAGUACCUUGUGCAGAAACUCAGUCUCCCAAGUGAGUCCGAGGUGGAAAUAAAUUGCUGCGGGCAGCCAGUGAACCCUACACAACCUCUGCGCAAUUUAGUAGAGUUGUGGCUGAGGGGGCGAUCAGCACAGGCAACACAGGCCAUUGUAGGCUCCCCCGCGGAAGAGUUUGUGAUGGUGCUAAAUUAUGGACGGCCAAAGCCCAUGGAACCUUUGAGUGCACAGUAA